GAAUUUAAAGUUUUCCUAUAAAUGAUAUAUAUAUUCGUCUUUUCUCUUCCUCCCUCUCUCUUUGUUUUACAAUCCUUUUUUCUUUAGGACAAGAGAAUAGUUUCGACAUGGAAAGACUCUUGCAUGGGAAUAAAAGUAGCAACAGCUGCACAUCGUCUGUUAGUAUAACCAUUGAUCAAUCCUUUGACAAAAAAGAUGCACUUGGCGAACCAAACUUUGAUCAGAUCAACUUUGAAGUGGCCAAAUCUCGAUGUAAUAAAUUAUCUCUCGAAUUAAAAGCGGCAAUACAGAAGGUAUCGGUAUUAGAAGCGGAGAAGGGUCAAACUGGUGUGAAUGACUUCAACCUAGAUGAAUUUUUACACGGCAUCUGUCGGGAAUUGGGAGAAAACAGUAAAAAGACCAAGCGUUUGGGAGUUUUAUGGCAAGACCUUCAUGUUGAGGGAAAGGAUGCUAAAUUGUUUACUAUUCCAACCAUUUUGAACAGUAUCACGUCAUUAUUCAAAAUUUGGAGAAUAUUUAAAAGAAAUAAAUCAGCUACGGUCAUCUUGGAUCGUUUGACUGGAUGCUGUCGAGACGGAGAAAUGUUGCUUGUUCUAGGGCGUCCUGGGUCUGGCUGCAGUACAUUUCUAAAGGUCAUUGCUAACUUGCGUAAACAGUAUACCCGGAUUGAAGGUGAUAUCAGUUACGGUGGAAUUGAUAGCAAAACAUUCCUGAAACGAUAUAGAGGACAGGUCUGCUAUAAUGGAGAAGAGGAUCAACACUAUUCGAUGUUGACAACCAAGCAAACACUUGAGUUUGCUUUAAAAACAAAAACGCCAGGACAACGUGCUCGGGAACAAACAAAAUCUGAUUUUGUUAAUCGUAUUCUCUAUUUGCUUGGCAACAUGCUGGGUUUAACUAGACAGUUAGACACUAUGGUCGGAAACGCGUCUUUAGGUGGUCUUUCCGGUGGAGAACGCAAACGUCUUUCGAUUGCCGAGCAGAUGACGACACAUUGCACCAUCAACUGCUGGGAUUGUUCUACACGUGGACUUGAUGCUGCCUCUGCCUUAGAUUAUGUUCGCUCGCUUCGUUUAAUGACAGACAUAUUCAGUAUUACUACUAUUGCAACUCUUUAUCAAGCUUCAAAUAGCAUUUAUAAUUUGUUUGACAAAGUUCUGGUUUUGGAUAAAGGAUACUGUAUCUAUUACGGACCAGCCAACUCAGCCAAAUCAUACUUUGAAUCACUUGGCUUCUGUUGCCCCUCACGUAAAUCGAUACCAGAAUUCCUGACAGGCCUUUGCAACAUUGCUGAAAGGGAAGUCAGGCCUGGUUUUGAAUCAAUUGUACCUAGGCAUCCAUCUGAAUUCCAAGAACACUACUACAGGUCAGCGAUAUAUCAGCUCAUGAUGGAUGAUUUGAGUGACUACAAGGAAACGAUCCAAAAAGAGAAUAAAGCCUCUGUGUUUGAGCAUACAGUAAGAGAAGAGCACCAGAAAUAUGCACCCAAAAGGUUUCCUUAUAUUGCUUCAUUCUUUCAACAAGUAAAGGCUUUGACCAUUCGGCAUCAUCAUCUACUUGCUAGCGAUAAAAAAACUCUUUUUUUCCGGUAUGGUAUGAUCGUUUUACAGGCCAUCGUUAAUGCCGGCUGCUUCUUCAAGCUACCCUUGACACCUCAUGGAGCAUUCUCUCGCGGAGGUGCACUCUUUUCUUGUAUUUUAUGUAACACGUUUAUUUCUCAGACAGAGUUGUUGAACUUUAUGGUCGGUCGACCUGUUCUAGAAAAGCACAGACAGUACGCACUCUAUAGUCCAUCUGCCUUUUAUAUUGCCCAAGUCAUUACAGAUAUCCCUUAUGUACUUUUUCAAGUUUUCUUGUUCGAGUGCUGUACAUACUUUACGAUUGGGCUCAGCUUAUCCUUCAGUCAAAUAUCGACCUUCUUUGUUGGACUAUUUGUACUCAACAUGAGCAUGAAUGGAUUUUUCCGGUUUUCUAGCACAAUUACAUCCAGUUUCUUUGUAGCGUCACAACUAUCUAGCUUCAACUUGAUUGGAAACUGCGCAUACACUGGAUACACGCUUGCGUACAAUAAGAUGCGUCCAUGGUUUACUUGGGUGUAUUAUCAGGAUCCACUUAGCUACACUUACAAGAUGCUCAUAUCUAAUGAAAUGAGCGGUCAAAUCUUCUCUUGUGAAGGAACCAGGGAAUCCGUACCUUAUGGAUCAGGCUAUGAUGACUGGAGAUACAAAGUUUGCUCAAUGAAAGGCGCUAAACCGGGGAUACCUUACGUCCGUGGUGAUGAUUACCUACUGGAAGCGUUUGAUUACAAGACGAGCGACAAGUGGUUUCCUACCUUUGUCAUCAUCAUUGGAAUAUUUUUAUUUUACACUUUGAACAUUAUUAUAACGAUGGAACUGGGAGGAAAGAAUCGAUCAGGUCACUUGACCAAGCUGUAUCUUCCUGGAACGGCUCCUGGAAGAAACCGGAAAACAAAAUGUAUUUGCAGAUUUGCCUGUCAAUGCGGUAAUAGUGCAGCAGAUAGCAUAAAACAGGCAUCUACCGAUACAAUAUUUUCUUGGCAGAAUGUCAAUUAUACGUUGCAGAUGGGCGAAUCCUCUCUUCAGUUGCUAAAUGAUGUCUGCGGUGUUGCCAAGCCAGGACAAUUAACAGCAAUUAUGGGAUCAUCAGGCGCUGGAAAGACGGUCUUGUUGGAUGUUCUGGCCCGUCGAAAGACGGCUGGUGAAGUUAAAGGCCGUGUUUAUCUUAACAGUGAUAUUCUACUGGACGACUUUGAACGAAUCACUGGGUAUUGCGAGCAGAUUGAUAUGCAUCAACCCAAGGUGACCGUACGUGAAGCGCUUCGGUUCUCUGCUUGCCUGCGUCAACCUGCUGACGUUUCAAAAGAAGAAAAAUACGACUAUGUAGAGCAAAUCGUUGAACUCUUAGAGCUGGAGGAUAUAGCUGAUGCCCAAAUUGGAGAAGUAGAGACAGGAUAUGGUAUAUCUCUUGAAGAACGGAAGCGAUUGUCAAUCGGCAUAGAACUCGUGAGCAAGCCUCAGUUGCUCUUUUUGGAUGAACCUACAUCUGGUCUUGAUGCUCAGAGCUCGUACAACAUAAUUCGAUUCAUCCGUAAACUAGCAGAUGCAGGUUGGCCUGUGCUCUGUUCAAUACAUCAGCCUUCUUUAAUGCUGUUUGAGCAGUUUGACCACAUACUGUUGCUCGUACGCGGCGGCCGCACCGCCUACUUUGGUGAAAUUGGACAAGACGCACGUACAAUGAUUAAUUACUUUGAGCGACAUGGAGCACCUAGAUGCUUACCUGACACAAAUCCUGCAGAAUACAUCCUCGACGUGAUCGGUGCUGGCACAUCUGUAAAGGCAGCAGGGCAGGAUUGGGCAGACAUCUGGCAAAGAUCGGAUGAGGCCAAAGCGCUGAACACUGAACUCGACGAGAUUCAUGCUUGUGCUAACAAGUGUCAAACUCGCAAGACACAAAAGUAUGCUACUUCAUUCUUAACACAGCUUCGCCUUGUCCUCGGACGAAUGUCGACCGUCUAUUGGCGUUCACCUGACUAUAAUAUCGGUCGAUUUAUAAACCUAAUGGCCACCUCUUUAGCUUGUGGGUUCACUUUUUGGAAACUUGGCAACUCGAUAUCAGAUUUAUUCUACAAGGCAUUUGCUCUCUUUAUCACGUUCAUCAUGGCCCUGACGCUAAUUAUUCUAGCUCAACUCAAGUUUAUGGGUGAGCGUCUCUAUUUCCGUCGUGAAUAUGCGUCAGGAUACUAUGGAUGGCUACCAUUUGGUAUUUCGGUCAUUCUUGUAGAGAUCCCUUAUGUCCUUGUCCUUGUCACUGCGUAUAUGUGUGGGUUUUACUGGUCAGCGGGUAUGACCAAUACAGCAGAAAGCUGUGCCUACUUUUUUGCUAUCCUUCUUGUCCUUGUGUGUUGGGCCAUUACUAUUGGCUUUGCAAUUGCUGCUGCUGUCGAACUGCCAAUGACAGCUGCCAUGAUCAAUCCUGUGCUCAUCUCCAUCCUUAUCUCCUUUUGUGGACUGAUGCAAACCGCUCCCUCUAUGCCUCAGGUUUGGAAAUCUUGGAUGUAUUGGGUCAAUCCUUUUCAUUACUACGUAGAAGGGUUAGCCGUGAACGAACUGGAAAAACUCAAGGUGGAAUGUGCCGAGGAUGAUCUUCUCAGGUUUUUCCCUCCACCAAAUCAGACUUGCGGUGAAUAUACUAAAGGCUUCUUAUCCCUAGCGACUGGUUAUAUCGUCAAUCCAGAGGCUACUCAACCUGAACUUUGCAGCUACUGUGCUUACUCAUCAGGAGCCGAGUAUUAUGAAACAAACAUGGAGUGGAGCGCAGAUAACAAGUGGAGAAACCUGAGUAUAUUGGGUUUCUUUGUUGUUUUGAACAUUGUCAUGUUCUUAUUUGCUGUAUAUUUGAAGAGAAAAGGAAGACGGUAA